CUGGGCACGACGGCUCCGCAAGUCGACCGACGCCUCAAGUCGGCCCGAUCAGCCGUCUUCCCUUCACCGACAGGCCUCGACGCAGGCCCACCAUCGCCGUCGCCGUCUCUAGGCCGGCCAAAGGCGGCCGGCCCGACUGGUCUUCAGAGAUCGCUGGUCUACCUCACGGAGGUGUACCAACGCCAACUUCAUCUGGCCUUGGUCGUCGGUUUGUUGCUCAACUCGGCCGUCGAGCUGACCGCCCGGUCAGCCGGCCAGGCCGACAGCCCUCGCAGGCGCCGUCUGGCCGGCUCCGCGCCGCGGGCCUGCCUCGACCUCGACUUGGCCGUGGCCACGGCGACGGCGCGACAUGAGCAGGCGCUGUUGCGUCUACGCCUCGCCGAGACGCUCGUUCUCGAGUGGACCGAAUGCCAGACGGACCGUCCGGUCAGUCCGACGAGUCCGGUCAGUCCGACGAGUCCGGUCAGUCCGACGAGUCCGGUCAGUCAGGCCGACGUGGCGGAGUCGGCGUCCGAGGUCAUGUCAGACGGGCGGCCCGUCGACCUCGACGAGGUCAUCUGGCUCAACCACCUGCGCAUCUUUCACAUGAACACCGAGCGCCUCUCCGACCUCGUCGACGAGCUGACUCGCCAAGUCGAGGCUCCACAGCUCCGCGGAUUCUCGGCUGGUCUGGCCGGCCAAGUGACUGACUACCUGCGCAGCCAGCCAGUCGCAGGUCCGUUGGGCCGCCUUGAGCCCGACGACUUGGCCGAGCAGAUCGAGUCGGCAGAUCGCCGACUCGGCGCCGUUGACCAUCUGGCCAAGGCCGUCUUCUACGCCGUCGCCAUCGAGCUCAACCUGCCCAUCGACUGGACCGAGCGUCUGCAGAGCCUCCGCUCCGAGUUGAUCACGGCCUGGCAGCAGUGGCUCCUCCUCCUUGAAAACCGUCUCCAGCUCGCCAUCUAA